AUGGACGCGCAGCUGGAGCUAUGGGAGCGGCAGGAAGAGGUCCGAGAGCGGCCGCCAGAGGAGAAGCUGGUGAUCGAUCCCUGCCUAGGUCGGGGUGAAGUGCUGUGCGCCAAAGCGCGCUUCGCGCUGGUCAUCUUGUCCGGCUUCGCCUUUGUUCUCCUCAUCGGGCGGCUGGGCCACAACUGGCUGGAGCUGCGCCUCAAGUCCUACGGGGAGAUUCCGCCCCUGGAGGCCGCCGUGAUGAUUGGCGUCCUGAUGCCUGCGGCGCUCGUGGGCUUCCUGUGCGUCCUGGAGCACACAGAGUGGCGCUAUGUGCGGACGGUCUUCCCCUCCGGGCGGCUGCCGUACACUCCGCUGCUCCACGAUCUCGUCUCGAGGCUGCGGCGAAGGUGA